UGCACAUCCGGUCGAUCCCAUGCUUUUUCUUUUCUGUCAACGUCGAUCGCUCCCGGCUCCUCACAGCGGCCUUCUUGGCUCUCCACCGUCUCGCAACCUUCGCCAUGGCAUCGCCGUCGACGGGCGGUAUACCACCAGCGCCCACGUACACGGCCGAGUAUGCGGCUGAGAGCAAUGUGGCAAAACUCAUGACGGUCCUUACCCUAUUUCAGGCCAUCUCUCUUAUAUUUGUGGCCCUGCGCAUCUACUGCCGCGUUCUUCUGGUCAAGUCUCCGGGCACCGAUGACAUUGUCAUGGCACUUGGCUUUCUCUUCACAAUAGGAGGAGGAUGGAUACCUCUGGUGAUCAUGUCAUUCCACGGGCUGGGCAAACACGACAUCACGGUGCAACUCGACGACCAACUCAUUUUCGGCCAGGCGAACUUCUGGCUGUCCAUCUUCGCCCUGCUCAUCGGCCUGGGACUUGUCAAGGUGGCGAUCGGCUUGAACCUGCUCCGGCUGAGCACCAACAAGUGGUACAAGUGGUCGGUCUGGGCAACGAUCGCCUUCGUCAUCGCCUACACGUUCAUGGCCUGCAUGACCAUGUUUCUACACUGCGACACGGUGGCCGGGAACUGGGACUUCGCGAACGCCCGCGGGUGCUACUCCCUAGAUCUCUACGUCAAGUUCGGUCUGAUCAACACAAGCUUCAACAUCUUCACCGAUGUCCUGUUUGCCGUGUUUCCCAUUCCCAUCAUCUGGACACUGCAGAUGAAGCGGAAGCUCCGCAUCUACCUCGUCGUUAUCCUGAGUCUCGGUUACUUUGCCGUGGCCAUGGGCAUCGUCAAGGCCUACUACCAGUUCAACUUCCUCAAAAUGACAGACCUAAUGUGGGCCAUGGACGUCCAGUUCUGGGGCUUCCUCCAGCUCAACGUAGCCAUCAUCGCCGCAUGCGCCCCGUCUCUCAAGCCCCUCUUCACACGCCUCCUCGGGCUCGGCAGCACCAGGGACUACUACUACAACAACAACACGCCCGGCGUCGGCAGCGGAUACGGAUCACGGUACGGACGCGGCACGCGCCGGGGUACACGGAGGCUGGGCGACGACGACGAAAACGACGGAACGGGCUCGGGCACACGUACCGGCGGCAACAACAACAACAAGAAGGGCGGCGUGAACGUGGACGAGUUCGAGUUGGAGGAGAACCGGAAGCGGGGGAGCAAGCGUCGCACUGGCAUCCAGGGCGGAGGAGAUGGCAGCCCGGGCUCGACGAACACUACCUUUUACAAACACUCGGGCGAAGGGUCGGGGUCGGGGUCCGAGGAGAGGAUUCUGGGCGUGAACACGCCGUCUCACGCCGUGGCUAUGGGGCCCAGCAAGAGCGAGUCUGGUCAGGCGGUCGGUGCUGGCAGGAGUCCGGGGAUAUUGAAGACGACCGAGGUGCAGGUCUUUGUCAAAUAGACAGGAUACCCGCGUUUGUACGGUCCCUUACUAAUAAUGAAUCUGACUGGCAGGGCCAGCCACUGCUCUCCAUGCGGGACCAGAUCCAUCAUCCCACCGCCCAUCCUAGGUAACUAUCGCCUU